GCCAUAUAAACGCAGACAUGUGUUUAGUAUAGAAAGCGUUAAAUGUAAUUAACUACAAACUAGUACAUUUUACUUUCUUAAUUAGUACGAAAUAAAAUGUAAAUCCAAACGUCUUGUAAUAUAAUAAAGAUGCAUUAAUGUCUCUUUUUAUCAUGUGCAUGCCACGACACACCAGAAACAUUAAGGGGAGAAAACCUCUUUAAAAUCUGGAAAAAUGGUCGGGAAAUUUCCCGUAACUUCUCGAUUACUCGUUACGUGACUGACUUAACUUUAUAUAACGUAGCUCUAUACACCAAGUUCAUAACGCAGUGGAUAUACGACGGAGAUAUAAACUGUUUUUAAUCAACUACUACUUGAACAGAAGUCAAGAUUAUCUUAUUUGUUAAAUACACGUGCUUUUUAAAAAGUUCUUUUAGUAAGAACCAUGGAGGAAACUAGUUUUAAAUCAAGUAAUUCUAGCGGCUUUCCAAGUGGGGACUAUACCAGUAGUUUACAUGACCUACCAUUACUAUCUGCUGGAAAAUAUGAUGAUAUAGAAGAAGAUUCAGCGCCAAUAGUGACACUUAAUACUCGCCUACAAGAUUGGAUGAUGGGCGACGAAAGCACGGAUGAAGAGCCAGAAGACUAUGCCCCCGACCCACGGGAAUAUUAUUCUCAUUUCUACCGUGAGAGCGAGAGACUCACAACAUUCCAUGACUGGCCACAUUGGGCAAAUGUAACAAAGGAAGAAUUGGCCAAAAAUGGGUUUUUGUACCUACAUGUAUCUGAUCGCGUGCAAUGUGUGUUCUGUAGAGCUAGUUUAGGUAGCUUUAAACAAGGUGAUGUUAUUGCAAAUGAGCACAGGAAAUAUUGCCCAGAAUGUCCUCUUGCGUUUGGAUAUGAAUGUGGAAAUAUACCCAUUUCGUCGGGCACGAGAGUUUCACAGGCAACACCAGAACAUGCAUUGAAUAGAACAAACCUUUUAAGAACGACUGCAGCUAGAAAUUUUGCUAAUUCUUCGCUUAGGUCAGGCCUGUUUCAAACAACUUCAACUCUAAAUUUAGCUGAUACUGCUGUAUUCGUCACACAAUCACAAAGUGCAGCAACUCUGUCUUCAAUUCAUUCAAAUCAAGAAGAAGCAGCCGCUAUCUCCGAGCCAAAGUACCGUGACUGGGCUGACGAACACACAAGGUUAUUGUCAUACAGGGGAUGGCCUGCACACAUGAAGCAAACUCCGAGAGACUUGGCAGCUGCUGGCUUGUUGUAUAUGGGUCAAGCUGAUCGGUGUAAGUGCUACUGGUGCGGAGGUGAACUUCAUGGCUGGGAACCAAACGACAUACCAUUGAUAGAGCAUGAAAAAUGGUUUCCACAAUGCGGGUUUGUAAGGCAGCAGAAAGGCAUUGAAUAUGUUAUGAACAUCAAACACGGAGAGGGGUUUACAAAUAAGAAGCAGACGGCAGCUCAAGAGCAAAGAAGACCGACAAUUUUUUCAUCCAGCCAACCUGGUCUUUUGGUCAACCGGUCAGACUGUUCAGUUGUCAUGACAGCACACGGUCAACUAGUCGCCCAGCCCAGUGAUGCGACGGAUGAUGCCACAAGUCAGUCAAGUGCUGACGAUCAAGGGCUGGGCCAUGGGCCAAACUCUGUCCAGCUUUAUAACCAACGUUUGCAAAAUCAGAGUUAUACUAGUGACUCUAGUGUCUUGAACCUUGUAACUGCGAAAGAUAUCAGAAAAUAUGUCGAGGAGUUGACACAGAAGAGGCAGUUAGCCCAAAUUCAUGCAAGACUCACAGACACCGUUACCUAUGCAAACUCAAGACUAUCGAGUAAUUUUGUCAACGGGUCAUUUGCCGUGUCAGGUAGUGGUCAGCAAGUAGCCCAGCCCAGUGACGAGGCGGGGGCCUCCAAGGGUCAGUUGUGCAUCGAGGAUCUGGCUAUGGAGGGCGUGGGGGAAUCAAAUACUGGCAGUAUUAAUAACAGGCGUUUACAAAACAUGAGACUGAAUACUAACUCCAGUUCCUUGUCCUCAGCAAGUAUUCCUUCAGAUGUCGACUAUGCACUUAAGGAGAACGAGAAACUCAAAGAACAACGCGUGUGUACAGUAUGUAUGGACAGGGAGGUCUGCGUUACCUUACUUCCUUGUCGCCACCUGGCAACCUGUGAAGAGUGUGCUAAAUCAAUCAGUACUUGUCCCAUUUGCAGAUCGGCAGUUGAAAGCAAAGUUAAAGUAUACUGGGCUUGA